AUGAGGGCGAGGGGCAUCGAAAUGGCCAGUAAGGACUGUGUGAAAGUGGCAGUCCGAGUCAGACCCUUCAACAAGAGGGAACGGGAUGCAGGCAGUCGCUGCGUUAUCUCAAUGACCUCCAACAACAUCAGUAUCCAGGAUCCUCAUAACCAACAGAACAGCCGUACGUUUACUUUUGACUAUGCUUACUGGUCCCACAGUGGCUUCACUAGGAACAAAGAUGGUUUGUUUGUGCCUCAGGAGACAGGUGGGCGCUACGCAGACCAGGCAAGUGUCUUUCAAGAUUUGGGACAGAGCAUCCUGGACAAUGCACUGCAGGGCUACAAUGCCACAUUGCUGGCAUAUGGCCAGACAGGCUCUGGGAAGAGUUACUCCAUGGUCGGUUAUGGUCCGAAUAAAGGCCUGAUACCCACCCUUUGCGAGAAACUAUUUCAGUUUAUCAGGAGCACACAAGAUAGCAGGCAAUGUCAGGUAUUUUUCAGCAUGUUGGAAAUCUACAAUGAACAGGUUAUAGACCUGCUAUCAAAGGCCAGUCGAUCUGUCUGUGGUCUUCGGGUGCGAGAGGACCAGCAGCGGGGUUUCUACGUGGAAGGGCUGAGGCGGGUGCCCUGCGACAGUGCAGUGCAGGUUGAGCAGCUGAUGGAGCAAGGAACACGCACACGCACCACUGCGGCCACACACAUGAAUGCCAACAGCAGUCGGUCACAUAUGCUCAUCAUCGUCCAGCUCAAACAGAUCUUUUCAAAGGAAUGCAUCACCAAACAGUCCAACAUUAACCUAGUGGACUUGGCUGGUAGUGAGAGACAAAGGUCAUCAGGGUCAGAGGCCGACAGACUUAAAGAGGGAACAGCCAUCAAUCUCAGUUUAACUACACUUGGAAAUGUAAUCAGUGCUCUAGCAGACAUGGCUCUUGGGAAGAAGGUGGUUCACAUCCCUUAUAGAGACUCCGUCCUCACCAAAUUACUGCAGUCUGCCCUUGGUGGCAACAGUCGUACAGUCAUGAUUGCAACAUUAAGCCCUGCCGAUAUGUGCUAUGAAGAGUCACUCUCUACUCUUCGAUAUGCAGAGAGGGCCAAGCGUAUCCAGAAUAAAGCUGUGGUGAAUGAGAGUCCCACAGAACGACUGGUGAAGGAGCUGAAGGCUGAGAAUGCUAAACUUCUGCUGAGGCUGAGCCGUCUGGGGCAAGAGGGGCACAAAGCUGAUGAUGAGUCAAAGGAGCUGCGCCGAUUGCUCACUCAUAAUGAGCUGCAGAUUCGGGCCAUUCAGACGUUGUGGGAACAACAUCUCCAAGAGGCUCUCAAAGACUGGGAGACUCAGUAUGCAACUAUGACACAGGAACGAAGAAUGAUGCAGAUGCAUCCGUAUAUAAUGAACAUCAAUGAGGACGCUCAGCUGUCUGGUGUAGUGAAGCUCUUUAUUCAGGAGGGUGACUGGGAUAUUGGUCUGGCAGACAACUCGCCCAGAGCUCUCUCUGUAAGGGGUCUAGGCAUUCAGGAAAAACAUGCUGUGUUCUCAAAUCAGCAAAGGAGAAUAUCAAUUACUCCUGUCUUGGGGUCAAAGGUCAUUGUGAAUGGAAUGCCUGUGUCAAAGAGGACCGAGCUGCAGCAUUUGGAUCGACUUAUCCUUGGUUCGAACAGCACUUACCUGUUCAUUGGCUUUCCUUCGGAGCGGUCAGUAGAUGAUUGGAGUCGCUAUGACUACGAUUACUUCCAGUCUGAACUAGCGGCAGCUGAGGGCAUCCACAUUCAGUCCCUAUGUGACAAUCAAGGGCCAAACCAGUCAGACCCCAGUCUACUGGCUGUGUUCUACGACUAUGUAAAGCUGAUGCCCAUGGUGACAGAAGCUAAUCAAAUGAGUAAAGAGUUGAAGAAGGGAGUUGAAUUCAAAUUGGAAAUAAAGAAUCUGGCAAUGUCCGACUCUAAGGGUCAUGACCUGGAGAAGGAGAUUGCAGUGAGAGUGACUUCUAUGGAGAGGAAGCAGGUGUGGAUGUGGUCCAAGGCUAAAUUUGUGAACCGUAAGUUUCUGAUGGAAGAGGUGUACCAGCAGCAGGUGGUUGGAGGGGAGGGGGCAGACAGAGCUCCUCUUCCCAUGGACAGAGACCCGUUUUGGGAUCCUCUAGAACCCCUGCACCUGGGCAGCGCUCACCUCUGGCUGCAGUCUCUGGCGUUCCGCAUCCCUUUGGAGGAGCAGGUGGAGGUGGUGGGUCCAGAAGGAACAGAGGAGGCCAUACUGCAGGCACAGCUAGUGCCCUGUAACCCCACGGGAUUACCCCUGGGCGAAGAUGACAUCCUGAUUGACCCAUCAGAACUACUUGGAAAACGUCUCGACUUUCAGCUGGUUCUAGAUCAGUGCUGUGGCCUACGCUGGAUUAAAGAGGCCCGUAACAGAGGCGUGCAAGUUGGGUUUCAAGUGUUUGACUGCCCACAGUCCCUCUACACCCCUUCAGUGUGGCAUAAUGUGAACCCUCUGUUGGACCACAGAGUCCAAUUCACUGCUCUGAGAACCUCUCAGGAACUACUCAACUACCUGCAGAGCAAUGCCCUAGUGCUGGAGCUGUGGGGCCUGCAGGAAGGAUGUUCUGAAUUAGUCCCCUGUAUGGACGGAGUGAAGACGAAACAAGAGGACAGCAUUAUUAUUGACAAGAUUGGUACAUCAGAACACUCUGCUACAGAAACUGUAGGAUCUGAUCUAAGCGCUUCUCUUCGAGCCCUUCAUCAGGAUUUGGAACAGCUGAGAAACACCAAUGCAGCGUUGAGCAAAGAAAACAGUGCUCUGAAGGAGCAACUUAACUCAGCCAGAAUUGGUGAGCACUGUCUGAUAAGUCAUAUGCAGUAA